CGAAGAGGCGUGCGCGUUAACAAGAGGGCAGCGCGGACGGGGCUUCGUAGGCAGUCUGGACCUCCCACCGUCCUGAGGAGUCAUCCCAGCCAGGACUGCAGGCGUUCUGGUCAGCAGAGCGAUGGAGGAGCACGCUCACCUGUUCGAGGGGGAAGAUGCCAAGUCGAGGACCAUGUCAGUAGACCUGCAGGGAGACACCUCGCUCCAGGUUGAGAUCUCGGACGCUGUCAGCGAGAGGGACAAGGUGAAGUUCACCGUCCACACCAAGACCAACCUCUCCCACUUCAAGCAACCGGAGUUCUCUGUGGUUCGACAGCACGAAGAGUUCAUUUGGCUCCACGAUGCAUACCUGGAGAACGAGGACUACGCCGGCAUCAUUAUCCCGCCCGCGCCCCCGAGGCCCAACUUCGACGCGUCGAGGGAGAAGCUGCAGAAGCUUGGCGAGGGUGACGGCUCCAUGACCCGUGAGGAGUUUGCCAAGAUGAAGCAGGAGCUGGAGUCCGAGUACUUGGCCAUCUUUAAGAAGACGGUGGCCAUGCACGAGGUCUUCCUGCAGCGGCUGGCUGGCCACCCCGUGCUCCGAAAGGAUCACAACUUCUACGUAUUCCUGGAGUACGACCAGGAUCUGAGUGUCCGCGGGAAGAACAAGAAGGAGAUCCUGGGAGGGUUUCUGAAAAACAUCGUGAAGAGCGCUGAUGAGGCGCUAAUCGCUGGCAUCUCCGGCAUCAAGGAAGUGGACGAAUUCUUUGAGCACGAGAGAACCUUUCUGAUUGAGUAUCACAAUCGGGUCAAGGAUGCUACCCUGAAAGCAGACCGCAAGACACGAUCUCACAAAAACGUGGCUGAAGACUACAUUCCGAUCUCCUCCUCGCUGUCCAGUUUGGGAACCUUGGACGCAAGCCCCCUCAGCAAGAACCUGCUCAAGCUAGCUGAGCUCUUCGAGAAACUCCGGAAAUUAGAGGGGCGAGUGGCAUCGGACGAAGACUUGAAGAUGUCUGACUUGUUGCGAUACUACACAAGAGAUUCGCAGGCAGCCAAGGACCUCCUGUACCGGCGCGCGCGCGCCCUGUCCGAUUACGAGAACGCCAACAAAGCCCUGGACCGGGCCCGCAUGAAAAACAAGGACGUGAAGCAGGCCGAAACCAGCCAGCAGCUCUCCUGCCAGCGGUUUGAGAAGCUCUCUGAGUCAGCCAAGCAAGAACUCACAGACUUCAAAGUUCGCAGAGUCUCCGCCUUCAGAAAAAACAUGAUCGAGAUGACCGAACUGCAGCUGAAACACGCUAAGGCCAACCUGCUGCUCCUGAGAAACUGCCUGAGCACGUUGCGAGAAGAACAGUAGUUAAUUGUUUCCACUGUGUGCGUGUGUGUGCGUGCGCGCGUGUGUAUUUUGAGGUACAGUUCACCCCUUGGUUCAUCAUCAUGUUCCCAUUGUUUUUGGGGCUGGGGCAGUCCUGUUUGCUGCCAGUUUUUUUUUCCUCAUUUUAAAAAAUUUUGUCUUGAGUCUUAAGCACCCCAACAAUUUGGCGACAGGCUCAGCGGACAGCAAGAGUUCCUGCAUUCUGACCUUUCUCCCACCGAUUUAAGGGUGCAUGCAUUAUCACUCUCACCCAACCCCGGAGAAUCUGUACAGGGUGGGCGGGGAGGCCUGUCAUAAGUUUGCAACUACUCGAACUCUCACUGCAGAUAGACCCCCCCCCCCACCUCCUCUGUUGUGACCUUCUCCCACCCCCCCCCCCACCCCCACUACAGUUGACUCUUAACUCUCCCGGUGUUGACUCUGUGCAGGACUAGAUGAUCCCCUCCCCGAAUCAACGCUUCCCUCUGUGAAUUCUUCCCCCCCCCCCCAACUUGAUUCUGCCCCCUGAAGAUGAGCCUUGGAAGCCAGAGGUCCGCUUGCCAUCUUAAAAACCGAUUGCAAGAAGGUGUCUUGCAAUUGCCAGCUCUCCAGGGCUAGUUCAAUCCAGACGAACUACUGGUAAUACUCAGCAGGUCAGGCAGCACCUGCAGGGGAAAGUGAUGUACUGGUUUACUAGCACUUAAAGGUCUUGGACCCGGAAUAUUAACUCCCCUCUGCUGCUUGUUAUUUAUAAAUGCACCUUUACCUGAUGCAAGAAUGCCAUGCUACAGGAGAGAAAAUGGUCACUUAACUGCUCAUCGUGAGCCUGAAUCCCCUGCACUUCACAGGCCAACGUCCUUGCCCGUCCUCUGUCCUAACCCUGCUGCAGGUUUGCCUGGCGCACUGGUGUCGAGCAAGUUUUCUUCUGUGUCUUACUUGUGCUGUCCUUGUCCCAGGGAGUGUUUGAAGUGCCAAUGUGUUCUUCGUCUUUGGUCCCAUCUAUCCCUUCCGCUUUCUUUUUUUUUAAAAAAAAAACACACACACAACAGAUCGGGGACCAAAACACCCGCCACCCUCGUCGAGAGACCUUGCUCCUCGCUGGCGCGGCCGUUUGGAGUGCCUAGUUAUCUCUGUUGUUGGAGUCGGUCGUACUUCAGGUAAAGCUCAAAGGCGGCAAGAGUCCAGCUUGGCUGCUUCCAGGCAAAAUUUUUGUUUAGUCCUAAUGGGUAAAUGUUUAAAUUCUUUGUCUUGGGCAAUUCUUCAACCAGCUCCCAAUUAGUUUAACCCUCUGAUUUCUAAAUAAAACGUGGCUGAAUUUCA